AUGAUUAUAACACACAUGCAUGCGCACACAGACACAGGCACCCAUGCAAGGAAGUACGUAUAUAUAACCAUAUCCGCUCAUUAUUCAUUGAUACAUUCCAGUUCUCAGUUGGUUGCAAGUAAUUAUUGUGGGAUUGUCAACAGUAUGUAUGGGGAGAGUGAAAUAAGCAGUACUCCAACAUUUAACAGUGAUGACUGGGAAGUAAUUUUUGGUAAAGAAGAUGAAGUAGACGAUACGAAAGACUUGAAGUCAAGCCAGAAUGGUGAGCUAGAUAAUACAGCUGAAAUGGUAUCAACAAACAACAACAGCUUUGAAACUGCAACAGUUUAUUCCCAACGCACCGCCUAUUCCUCAACGAAUUCCGACGCAUCCGCUGAUAAUUCAGGGAUACUUUCAUUAAUUCAAAGAACGCAGGAUACCGUGCAUCCGAAGAAACAAGUGCAGGGUACUGUAUCAAGCAUGAUUGUAAUGGAUUUGUGUAUGAAACGUGAGCAGAAACUUCGCCUGGAAGGUAAUAUCAUAGAAGCGAAUGCAUUGAGUACCGUUGGUUUCUCGAUUAUGAACCUGAUUGCGAAAGUGAUGGAAUUGCUGCAGUUAAAUGAAUGCAUACAUGUUGGGAGUUUGAUAUUAGAAGCAGUAAAAGCAUCAAUGAGUAAAGGAUCGAAUGAAUGGGAAAGUUUGAUAUUAUGUGCGGGAAGUAUUCAUGCACUCAUCGAUGAAGUACGGAUAAAAAGCGCAGAUUUGGAUGAUGUGGGACAACUGAAAAUGAUAAGUGAGGCAGAAAAAAAAUUGGAUAAAAAAGAGCUUGCAGCGAAGCUGGCGAAGGAAAGGAGAAAACGAAAACUGGAUGCUGUGCUUACAAGAAAACAAGAAGAAGCCAACGAAAUGCGCAAACGUCGUCACGCGAUGCAACAAACUGAAGCACACUCUGUUUUAACUCCUUCAAUAACUUAUCAAUACACAGAAACUUCCGAUCAAGCUAGUGAUGCUAUAUUGAUAAUGGCUGCAAAUAAAUAUAAACUUCGUAAGGAAGAACGACAAAAACAAAUUGAAAGGAAAUCUCAGGCCAAUGAUGAGUGCAGAUCAUCUCAGUCAAAUGUUUUACAUACGAAUCUUCAAGUUAUCAGUGUCAUACCUAACUUGCCUGAUGCUAGGAGCUCCACUGGUCCAAUAAGUGCAGAAGCUUUAAUGGAAUGCGAAGAGUCUGAUUUGAGCAAUUCAAUUACUUUACCAUCAUUUCCGGUGCAAGAAGCUGGUAAUCAACACUGUAUACAACAACCACAUUCGUUUGUAUUAUUGGCAAAAGGAGAGCCUAGGAACCGUCAUAUAUCAAGUCACAUUCGAAAUAAUUUUUCUGUAAUUGGAAAAAUUAACCGUCCGAAUUCCACCAAUAAAAUUCCAAAUCAGUCAAUGACAUCUCCAUACUUGUCAAAUGCUGUCAAUAUCUCAAGCCCAGCUGGAAUAUCUCAGCUAGAUAUCAAUUCAGCAAGUACUACGAAUCCAGUUAAAACAAAAGCUGUAACUCAGUCUGCUCAAAAAUAUGAUAAUGUGAGUUUUGUAAAAAUUCGGAAAGUUGGUGCAAAGACAAAUGAUAAUACCAACAAAAAAUUGCAAUCAGUGAAAAAAAGUGUGUUUUUUGUUGGCGAGGAUAAAUAUUCUAUAAUUCAAGUAUCGAAUAAUCCAAAUUCAACAACGGAUGGUAUGAAUAUUAUCGGAUUUCAUGACUAUCGCAAGAAGUAUCCACGGGGAUCAGCAAUUAUGCCAGAUGAAGAGAAAAGAAAGAGAGUGGAAAACCUACCUCCUCGUGAAUACGAUUUUUUCCUUAAGUCAACUACAUCACGACCAGUUGAUAUCGUUAAUGCACGUUCUUUCUGUGAAAGCUGCGAAUUUACACGUGGUAAUAUACGUAACUGGUUUAUUGUUGGUUCAAGGUUUGAACGUUUGAAUGGGAGUGUUUUUGGUGUGAAGAAAAGUGGUUGUCCGAAAACCCAUCUAUCUCGUGCCAAUUAUCCUCCAGUCCAUUUCAAAAUUUUGUCUGACGCUUUGACACGUAUUUCUAUCGACGUUGCUGGACUGAAAAUUUUCUUGGCUGUUGGUGAGGAUUGGGUUGUAAAAAAGUCAAUAAUGCCCGAGGAGUUUACAUCAUUUAUAAGAAAAUUUGCCAAUGUUUUACACGGGCUAUAUGUUAAGCAGUACACGCUAGAGCGUACAAAAGAAGUGGAAUUCACGGAUGAUUUAGAAAAAAUCAAAAGUGAUUAUGCCUUUGUCGAAAUGCCAACUAUUAUAUUAUUCACAAUUCCUACAAGAAACGAUUCUGAUGCGGAAAUGAAAUGUAGUUUUUACAAUAGUGCAAUUACAGAAUUGGUUCAAAGUUGGGAUGCAACUUGGAAAAAUUUCUACUAUCAUAAUGCUACAAAUCAAUGCAUAGAAUUGAAAUUAAUUGAUUGGCGACAACUAUGUAUUAAUGAAAAUGCAAACAGUAACAGCAGCAUGAUUAUUGUUUUAAUGAAGCAUUUAAUGGAAGAAUGGGGUAUAUGUAUGACACCCAGCAAUCGUUCCUAA